GGACUUUCAUAUAACCAUGCGCCAGUUUGGUGAUGAUAGUUUAAACGGCAACCAAAGUCCAUCAUGGGUGGUUUGACAGGCCAGCAAGUUGAUGCACUGAUCGUGAUUGAACGUGUUACUGCCUGCAUAUCGGUCAUUGGAACGCUUUUCCUUAUCACAACUUUCAUCCUCUUCAAGGGGUUCAGGACAUUGUCGAAUACGCUGAUUUUCUAUGCUUCUUUUGCAAACCUCUUUGCAAAUAUCGCAGCACUUAUUGGGGGUUCAGCGCUCACGAAGCUCUCCAGCCCACUAUGCCAAUUUCAAGGAUUCUUGCUAGAAAUGUUCAUGCAAUCAGACCCUAUGUGGUCUCUGGCCAUGGCUGUGAAUGUAUAUCUAGUUUUCUUCCAACGGUUUGAUGCUAUCCGUCUCAAAAAGCUUUAUCCAGUGUAUGGACUCCUUUGUUACGGAAUCCCAUUUAUUCCAGCCAUGGUCUGUCUCUUGUACAAGAAUGGGAAGGGAGAUAUUUAUGGAAAUGCGACUCUCUGGUGCUGGAUCGAUAACACUUGGGCACCUAUACGAAUUUACUCCUAUUACGCCCCAAUCUGGUUCUGCAUCCUAUUAGCCAUCAUAAUAUAUAUCCGUGUCGGCAUCGAAAUUUUCCAAAAACGCUCUCAACUACGCGCCAUAGGAGAUAACGUCAGCGGGACACUCGACUCCAGCAACAGCCCCCCAGAGCCAUUUUCUGGCCUCCGUACCACGGAAGUCGAAGUUACCCAUGAUUUUUGGAACGGAGGCAGGACCACCAGACCUAUGCCGACUUAUAAUCAAAACGAGAAAGGGUCCAGAGAUCCUCACCAUUACUCUAUCACAAUAUCAGCGCAUGAUCGCCCAUCUGCCCCUUCAAGGUUUGCCAUUGCGUCUAGGAGACCAAGCAGCAUGGACAAAGUAAAAUGGUCAUACACCAAAGUAGCGAUGCUCUUUGCCAUCUCUAUCCUCGUAACUUGGGUGCCCGGCUUCUGGAAUACCGUCAUCUACUUCACGACUAGUCUGUCGGUUUGCAAAGGUAUCUGGGCUCGCUUUAGAGGCCGGAUGGAGAUUGAUGCUGGGAAGUCUGGGAUGCUGGGGAUUGUACAUUUGGGAAGAAGGGAUAAGGAAACAGAUAGCAUGGUGGAGUUAUCAACCCAUAGGGAUGAUGGAUCGGGUAGGGAUUCAUUCUGGGCGAAUAAACAGGAGUUUGCAGAUACUCGUUAACCUUGAAAGCUUGUGCACUGCAAUACAGAUGACGAGAUAUUUGGCGGAGUUAUUCAGGGACGGCUUUUUUUGGGGGAGCUUGUUGCUAUAGAAUUCAGGAA